AUGGCACCAUUAAAUCUUGCUAUUGUCGGUACCGGUAUUUUUGCCACAGAUACACAUUUACCAACAAUCAAGAAGCUAACCUCAUUAUUAAAACCAGUAGUUGCUUAUAAUAGAACCAAAUCCAAAGCAGAAGCGUUUGCCGCAAAAGCAGGAAUUCCCGAAAACAAAGUAUACGACUCGUUAGACCAAGUAUUUAGUGACCCAGAAGUGCAAUUUGUUGAUGCUUUGCUACCAGUUCAAUUCAAUCUUGAUGCUGUCAAAUUGGCUAUAAAGCACGACAAACCGAUAUGUUUCGAGAAGCCAAUAGCUGCAAAUUUAGAGCAGGCAAGAGAAAUAGUGCAAUUGAGUGAAUCAUCCGAGUUACCCAUAAUGGUAUUGGAAAACUGGUCAUUUUUAAAGGCAACUCAGAUAUUGAAAAAGGAUAUCUUACCUCAAUUGGGUGACGUUGUUGCAUUCACUUAUAACGCAACAGGACCAUGGAAUAGUGAUAACAAGUACCUAGCUACUAACUGGAGAUUGAAACCGGAACACAUUGGUGGAUUUUUGAGUGAUGGUGGAGUACAUCAAUUGGCAUUAUUGACUGAUGUCUUGGGGCAAGUAGCAACAAUUGGUGCUUUAACCAAACAAAUCAAAAAAGAAAGUGGUGCUGAUGAUACUUUAUUCUCCACAAUAAAAAUGAAAACGGGAGUUAUUGGUACUUUUACAUAUGGGUCAGCAUUUGCAGCUACCGAUAAAUCUACAAAAUUUAAAAUAUAUGGAACUAAAGGGUCAGUAGUGUAUGAUUGGUCGCCUGCUUUGCCAAAGCAUAAGAUUACUUAUCAAUUAGGUUCCAGUGCCCAGGAUAAGAGUGAAGAAAAAGUAAUUGAGAUUGACGAAGUGGAUACUUUUGAAGAAGAGUUUAAAAACUUUGCUGAGGCUAUUGAGAAGAAAAACAAAAGAUUGAUUAGAGUGCCACCUACGAAAGCUUUUCAUCAUUUGGCUAUCGUUGCAGCAGCUUUGGAGUCCUCUGAAAAACAAGGAUCGAGUGUCAAAGUUGAAUCACCCUAA